UCGGUAACUGUUUGUAGUUAUCUGCACAUCUGUUUUGAUCCAGAGUGACUCAGCUCAAAGUAGUGCAUGUCCAACCACAAGAAACCUUUGUCAGGCACCAGAACAGACCUCAGAAGCAUAUGUACAAGUUCUUGAGAUUGUAGUAGAGCAAUUUUAGUGCCUAAAUUGCACAGAACAUCACAUUAAAGGCAUCAAAAGAUACGGCAUCAAAGACAAUACAUUUAAAAUGCCAGUUUUGCUCAUCAUUUGGAUGCUUUGUACUCUGGAUUCGUCAGACUCCGCUCCUAACAAAUGCGAAGAUGAGAUACAGCGUCUUCAGGCGGAGUUGACGAGCUUGGAGCUUCGCCAUACAAAGCAACAGCAACUUAUUCAACGAUUAAUGAAUCUCAACCAGAUGGAUGAACGUCACCUAAAAGCAGGAUCAUUUUAUGACACAGGAGACAAACAGUACUUGGACUGUGCUCAGAUCUUCAAAAACGUCAGCACACAGAGUGGAUUUUAUAUGAUUAAACCACAGCUAAGUCCAACCUGGAUGAGAGUGUACUGUGAUAUGACAGAGGGGGGUGGAUGGACAGUCUUCCAGAGACGCUCAGAUGGCAGUCAGUCAUUUGACAGAGAUUGGAAUGAUUAUAAAAUAGGAUUUGGUGACAUGAAGUCUGCUAAUGGAGAGUUCUGGUUGGGAAAUGAUAAUCUGCAUUAUCUGACAUCUCAAGAUGAUUACACCCUGAGAGUCAAUCUUGAAGACUUUGAGGGCAGCCACCGUUUUGCAGUGUACAGAACAUUUAAAGUGGAUAAUGAACAGAACCAUUACCAGCUCCGGUUUGGCGUAUACACAGGAAAUGCAGGGGACGCUCUCUCUGGAAGUUACCAUCCUGAGGUUCAGUGGUGGGCCAGCCAUCAAGGAAUGAAGUUCAGCACACGAGACAGAGAUAAUGACCGUUAUAAUCGCAGUUGUGCUCAGGAGGACAAGGGUGGCUGGUGGUUUAACAGAUGUCACUCUACCAAUCUGAAUGGGUUCUACCACAGAGGCCCCUACAGCGCAGUCACUGAUGAUGGAAUAGUGUGGUACCCUUGGCAUGGCUGGUGGUACUCCCUCAAAUCUGUGCAGAUGAAGAUCAGACCGGGCAGCUUUGAGCCUAAUGAUGUUUAAUUCAUUGAUCUGAUAUCUGAACCACAAAAUGAUGAAUUUGUGGAUGAUGACAAAUGACAUUAUAGUCCAUCUUAUUAGUCCAAUUCUUAACUUUUUACAUAUGUAGUUAAAAAGCUCUUCUCCUGCAUGUAUCGCAAUAAAGUUUUCAACACAU